AUGCAUCUUAAAGACCUACAGUCAUGUGUAGAAUCUCGAAAGCCCACUGUCGACCAAAAGACCUUCAGUAAGCUUGUAGCCGUUCCAUUCACGGGAGACAUCCCAUUAAUGUCAGUACCAUUCCGAUCCCUCAACAGUUUUAUCCCUGAGCCUGGCAACCUUGUCCGCGGUGAUAGUGUUGAACUCCCAUCGUUAAGAAUGGGAAAAGAUGUCAUGCCCCCAGAUGGGUGGGCUGAGACAAUCAAGCAAUUCGCCCGGAGUGCCGCCAGGGAAGAGGAAAAAUUGAAGAGCGAGCUGCUGCAAGUUUGGUCCUCCUUCCAGAGCCAGCGCGAACCUUUCGUCCGCAACGGCGGCAAAAUCAAAACAUCCUCCCAACUUUACCAAUGGGUGGGACGGAACCUUCUCCACGUGGAGUCGGCGCUGAUCCAAGUUGUCGGCCAGCUCCAAGUCAAUCCGUGCAUUUGUUGUCUCCGAGGCAAGGGCCCAUGGGCAUUAUGCGUCAAACUACCCGGAGCUGAUGGGACCCGCUAUGGUUGCGCAAAUUGCCACGAGGCAAAUCGGGAAUGCACAGAGGCAACAGUGCGCUUCAGUCAACAAGCACCGCAAAGCAGACCCGCACAGGUGAACCACGGCGAGAGAGAUGCGGACAGCAGAAAUGAUGGGGCGAUUUGCUCAGUACGGGAACUUCAUGGACUUGUGGCACUGCAACAUGCUCUGAACGGCCAGUUGACAAUUGUACAUGAGGUGGACCGCAUUGUGGAUGCCAUUAUCCGUGAGAUUGGAAUCACGAUUGCGCCGCUGGGCCAAGGCGGUUUGGCUGGCAACAUUCGGCCAGAGGACGUCGACCGUCUACAGGGGCAAUACCGAGAGUUGAUGCUCGCCAUGCAGCAGCAGGCCCGUGAGCGCGUCCGCCGUGAGGACUGCGUCAACGACUUGGCAGACAUGAUGGACAUCAUGCUCUUCCGCUGGUGA